AUGCAGCUCUCACUAUUUGCACUCGCCGGUAUCGCUGCGACUGUUUCCGCACACGGCUAUGUUGACUAUCCAGCAGCUCGACAAGUCGGCGCGGCCUCGAUCGCGGCCUGUGGCAAGUCGGUGACGGAUGACAUCAAGAAGGACAACACUUCGCACGUCGAGGGUCUUCCCGAGCUCGCAGCCAAAGACUCUGGGUAUCACGCGGCCGACUGUAAUCUCUGGUUAUGCCGUGGUAUUCAAUUUGCAGAUAAUGCUGCCAAUGUGCAGAAAUACACCCCGGGCGAGUCCGUCAACAUCAAAGUGAAACUUACAAUCCCGCACGACGGCUCGGCGAAUGUAUCGAUUGUAGACACCAAGACGAACAAAGUCAUCGGAGAGAUGCUCAAGGUCUGGGCGAGUGGCUAUGCAAAUGAACAAAAGUUCUAUGGCAAGACACUGCCUGCUGACAAUACCAACUUCAACAUUACCUUACCGGAUGGAUAUCUGGACUUGAAAAUAUUGGUUUGGGACGAUUUGGCUAACACCGGCGUUUAA